ACACACACACACACACUUUGCCUGAUUGGGGGUCUGUUGUAGUAGAUAAAACAAAAACGGGUUGGCUUCGUUAUGGCAUUUCGAAUGCGGGCCAGGAGAGCACGGUGGGCUGCUGGGAUUGCUUCUAUCCUUUUCACUUACGACCUUUUUUCUUCUCUUCUUUUUACCCGCGAUACCGACUUGGAGAAAGGAAAGGCGCUUUACAGGAAUUUGGAGGUUUUCUUACUAUUUUUUCGCCUUUUGUUUUUCAUCAUUUUGGGUACCAAACCAUUGGGCGGUUUUAGACUUUCUUGGGGAAACGGGGGAUGAUACACACAUUCUGGGAUGGGGAUUAAAAGAAUGUGAUUAUGGAUUUUUUGAUGUUUAACCAUAGUUAUGCGGGCUGGAGAGGAGAAAUCCCAUCCAGACCACGCGAGAAACAAACUACAAAAUUUGAUGAACAGAUUUUACACAUACACAAA